AGCGAAGACUUGGCCGAGCGUCACUUCAGCAUGGCGAGGUCGACUUUUGGCCUGGAGCGCCACUCGCUUUCGGCGCAGUCGAAGGAGAUGAUCCUCUUCUUAAAGGUAAACAGGUCUUACUGGGAUGCCCAGUUAGUGCACGAAAGCAUUUAG